AUGUCCUCUCGCACCUCCUCCACGUUUGGCUCCGGCGGCUCCAUGACCAGACGCGUGUCCUCCAUGAGGGCCGGCAGUGUGUACGGCGGCGCCGGAGGCUCAGGGGUCCGCAUCUCCUCCUCCUCCAUGAUGGGAGGAGGAGGAGGAGGAGGAGGAGGCUACAGCUACAGCGCGUCCAGCUCGAUCAGGAACGAGAAGUUCGCCAUGCAGAACCUGAACGAACAGCUGGCCACCUACCUGGAGAAGGUCCGCUCCCUGGAGAGGUCCAACGGGGAGCUGGAGCUCAAGAUCAGGCAGUUCCUGGAGAGCAAGGUCGGUCCGAGCACCAGAGACUACGGAGCCUUCUACGGCACCAUCUCUGACGUCACUGCCAAGAUUCAGGCGGCCAUCAAGGUGAACGGAGCGAUUCAUCUGAACAUCGACAAUGCACAACUAGCUGCAGACGACUUCGGGACCAAGUUCGAGAACGAGCUGGCCAUGCGUCAGUCGGUGGAGGCCGACAUCGGCGGUCUGAGGAGGGUCCUGGACGAGCUGACCCUGAGCCGGACCGACCUGGAGAUGCAGAUCGAGGGCCUGAAGGAGGAGCUGAUCUUCCUCAAGCAGAAUGGGGCGAUUAACCACGAGGAGGAGCUGCUGUCCUCGCACUCUAACAUGAGCGGCCAGGUGAACGUGGAGGUGGACGCCACUCCUCAGCAGGACCUCUCCAAGGUGAUGGCCGACAUCCGGGAGCACUACGAGAGCAUCGCCGCCAAGAACCAGAGGGAGCUGGAGGUAAGCGUUUGUUCCCCGCAGUCGGAGACUCUGACCAGAGAGAAGGUCUCUCAGACGGAGACGCUGUAGACGAGCAGGUCGGAGGUCACGGAGGUGAAGCGGACGCUGCAGUCGCUGCAGAUCGAGCUGCUGGGCAUGAAAGCGUCUCUGGAGGGAACUCUGGCUGACACACAGAACCACUUCUCCAUGCAGCUCUCUGGGUACCAGAUGCAGGUGACCUCCAUGGAGGAGCAGCUGAUGCAGCUGAGGGCCGACCUGGAGAGGCAGGGACAGGAGUACCAGAUGCUGCUGGACAUCAAGACCAGACUGGAGAUGGAGAUCGGCGAGUACAGAAGGCUGCUGGACGGAGAGGGGUGA